AUGAUAGAAUCAUUUUGGUCAAUUAAUAAACGAUUUAAUUCUCUUGUUUGUUCAAUAUUUUCAAUAAAUUAUGGUAGAAAUAAAAGUGGAAUUAUUAUUAGUGAAACAGAUUUAUCUUUAAAUAAAUAUCAGUCAAUAUUAUUGACAAUAAUUUCUAAUUCAACUCUUUCUGCUUCUAUACAACGAAUUUAUAUUGAUGGAGCAAAAUCAGUUUUUUUUGAUCUUAUAUCUGAAUGGAUUUUUCAAGAAAAUCUUAUUCAUUUUAUUAAUUUGAAAUCACUUAUUCUAACUCGAUGUUAUCUAACAGAAAUCUUAAUUAAUAAUUUAUCUUUACUUGUUCAAUAUCAAUUAGAUGAAUUAAUCUUAACAAUUGAUGACGAUAGUUUUAAAAUGUUUUACUGUGAAUACGAAUCUGGCAACAAUGCUCGUGAUCAAGUUCAAAAAUUGAGAGUCAUGUGUCAAGAAUUCAUGCGGCAACUUUUUUCAUCUAAAUGUCAAUUAACAUCUCUUCGACUUGAUAUUUCAAAAGACAAUUCUUUUUUUCAAAUACACAACUGUUUUUCAUCAUCAUUUUCUCAUAUUUAUUCAAAUCAAAUCGACAAUCAACUUGUUACUAAUUGUAUGAGUCUUCGUCGUUUACACAUUCAUAUUAUUUAUGGUUAUUUUAUUGAACAUAUUGUUAACCAUGUACCUGCUCUUGAAAUUCUAUCAGUUAUAAUCCGAGAUUCAUUGGCUAGACAUUUGUUAUAUCAGAUGAAGGUUAAAACGUUUACGCCAGCUGUUGUCAAUUGGUAUGAUAAGGUAAAAUAAACAAAACAUACUGUAACAAUUGUUUAAUAAGUGAGAAAUAGAUUUUUUCGUAUGUAAAUCUUCCCAAACAAAUUGUUAUUCCUGUGUAAAACUACAAAAUUUGUUUCACAUGUCCUAGACCAGAGCUAUCAACAGGCCACUUUUUUCCGGCCUGACCUAAUCUACAGGUCAGACUAAAAAUCAAAGAGUAGUCUGGAGCUUGGCUUGGUCUGCCGAUCAGGUCAACUACUGUUUCUGAUAUCUUGAGCCUAUCAAAUUCUAUUGUUCUACUAUUUAAAACUCUUUCCAAACCAACAAAUUAUCAAUAGGAAUCAAUAGUUGAUGAUGCUUUAUUACUACAGAUAUCAUAGUAGGUUUUUUUCGUGUUUUAAGAAAUUUAUCCAUUUAGUAAAAUACAACAAUGAUUCCACAGAAGAAGCGAAUAGCUAGGAUGGGAUCUUCAUUUUCUUUUUUACUUUCAGAAAGGAAAAAAACUUUCCUUUUCCAAAAGAAAGUGUAGUUAUUUAUUUUUUUUUUGUAAAAAAAGGACACAUUCGGAGUCAUUUAAAUUCUGCGUCUAAGAACUGUAAUUCCAUAGAAUUGAUAAAAAAAUUUUUUGCAUAGUUUUGAGUUCACCAUAUGCUGCAAAACAACAGGAGAAAAAUGAAAGUCAUUCUUGAUAGGAAAGAGGUACCUAGCUUUACUCCAUAGUUAUACUCAGAAUUUAAUGCUGAUCUCGAAUAUGUUCUUUUUUCCAAAUAAAAUAAUUAAUUGAACUUUCUUUUAAUAAAGGAAAGUUUCUAUUUUAAUUUCUUUCUUUUUUUUUUUUAUAUAAGUAAAGCCGACGUCACACUCUAA